CAUUCGAUGUGUUUAACAAUUGUAAAUAAAUCUUACGAGAUUUUAGAGAUUUGAUUGAUCAAAUCAGUGUAUUGAUUUUCGAAACCGAUUUACCGGCAACAUACUGCUCGUGUGUUAGAUACUGGCAAAGUUGUUUCUAAAAAAACAAACAUCAGUUAACAGAAGUUAAUGGAUAUCGUAUUGUAUAUUUAGUAUGAACAAAUGUGCAAAAGUGUAGUUCGCAGGGAUUCAGUAUAAAACGCUUAAAAGUUAUAAAAUGGUUAAUUACUACUAUUUAACCUCAAUGAACUGAUACAUAAUACAUGUUUUAAAUAAGAAUACAAUAAGAAGAAUAGUAAACUUACAGAUGAUUGACCACAUAAGUUAGCUGAUACUAUCUUGAUCAGAUAACUUUGUGUUUAUUUCAAUAUGAAAACCUAUACCGGCUAUCCGUAUUGACUGUUGGCGCUGGAGAGCAGAUUGCUCUGAUACUUAGUCGUCAUUGACAAAUCAUUUUAAGUCCGUGAAAUGAACAGUUAAUGUCAAUCACGAUUUCUGCUGGAAGAAAACAAAUAUGAAAAGUUGAUAACCAUCCGAGGAUCUAUAAUAUAUAUAGACAACAAUAUAUUAGAAAGUUUUGAGCACGAAUAGAAUCAUAUAAGGAUAUAUAGCUUACUAUAGGAUUAUGCCAUACCUUUGUUAUAGAUAAACUGAUAAUUUACUGCCCAAUUAGAGUCGCCAUUACCGGAAAUGUCUUAGAUUCCGAUGCAGUCUUCAUCUAGAAAUUAUAUCAUACUUUGAUAUGAAAUUCGUGACACUAGAGGAGGAAACUUUUGGGAAUAACUGUGAAUUUACAAUACGGAAUAUACUGAUUAAGCAUACAAAAUACCAUUACCAAUCUAGAUUUAAUGAUGAAAUUAUCCGAUACAAGCUAAUGACUAAUAGCAACAUCAAUCACAUUACGACGACCAACGAGGAAAUACCAUUUGUAAUAAUCAAAAGGGAGCAAAAAAUAUUCUUAAUGUCGACAUCUCGACUGGACGAUUAUUUCUUACUCAAUCAAUCGGAUAAAACGGACGCCGCUACAACUGUUAUAUAUUACAAUUCAUCAUUUCUUACUGAGGUUCCUUUAAAUUCAUCAAACUCUACAAAUUCCCAAUAUGAUCUAAAACAUCCUGCUAUUGGUGCCAUUCUUUCCGUGUUUUCACUAGUAACAAUACUUGGGAAUUUGCUUGUUAUCGUUUCUGUCUAUAGAGAGUUGUAUUUAAGGACAAUAACUAAUUAUUUCAUAGUAUCACUGGCUGUUGCCGAUCUUAUGGUGGGAGGUAUUGUAAUGCCAUUUAGUAUUAGUCUUGAACUGACCAAUCAAGUGUGGUUAUUUGGAGCUGAAUGGUGUGAUAUGUGGCAUUCGUUUGACGUUUUGGCUAGUACUGCAUCUAUAUUAAAUCUGUGUAUCAUUUCCCUUGAUAGGUACUGGGCAAUUUCCGACCCAAUAGCGUAUCCUACAAAAAUGUCAUCAUGUAAAGUAAUGCUAUUGAUUGCAUUUGUUUGGCUUUGCUCUGCAGGAAUUUCAUUUCCUGCUAUUGCGUGGUGGAAAGCCGUAACUCCAAAUGAUCUGCCAAGCGGUAUGUGUUUCUUUACAGAAGAUAGUGCCUAUUUAAUAUUUUCUUCGUUUGUUUCAUUUUACUGUCCUACAUUUGUAAUGAUGUUCGUUUAUUGGCGGAUAUAUUUAGCAGCCGCUCAACAAAUGCGGAGUUUGAAAAUUGGAUCUAAAGUUUUAACAUCAAAUGGUAGUCAUGGUAAUCGAGAGGUCAUGACUUUACGAAUUCACAGGGGUGGAAUGACUCGACAAUCAUCGGACGAAUAUUCAAAUACCUACGAAAAAUGCGUCAUCGAGCCUGAAAAUCAGAGUUUGUCCCCUGAAUCUGCACGUGCGUCUAUACAAUCACCUGGAAGACAGGCUAAAAACAUUACUCGCAAAUUACGACAGUUUGCUCUAAGCAAAAAAUUGACAAAAAUUGCCCGUGAACAAAAGGCGGCAAAAACUUUAGGUAUAGUUGUUGGUGUUUUCAUUAUAUGUUGGAUGCCAUUUUUUGUGUUUAAUAUACUAUUUGGAAUAUGUCAUACGGCGUGUGUUACAUCUCCAGAAAUAGUCUUUCCAAUAUUUACGUGGUUAGGAUAUAUCAACUCUGGAAUGAAUCCAGUUAUAUAUUCUUUAUCAAUGAAAGAUUUUCGUCGAGCUUUUUGCAAAAUUUUAUUUGCAUGUUGUCCAAAACAACACUUUGAAUAUAGAAAAACUAACAAUAACUGUUCCUCUACUUCAAGUUUCACAGUGACAUGUACAGAUCGUCUAUAAGUGUUAUGAUAAAUACAAUUAAACAAAAUAUUCCAUAUCCGUCAACUGAACUAAAGAAAGGAACCUCAAGAUAUGAUUGUUCCAUUAUACAAAUGAAUACAUUACAAUUCCAAUACGAUGAACAAAAUAUUUGGGACCA